AUGAAGAAGUCGGAAGCAGUUCAUCGCCUGUGGGAGCUUGCUGAUAGUGAGGAAGCCAUAAUCUAUCUAUCGGAUUGCCUAUUUGUCUAUCUGUCUGGUGAAGAGAGAAUGGAGGAUACUCUCAAUAGGGCAAGCACCCAAUACCUCGUCGAGUCCAAAGCUCCAGCUCAAGCAGUUCAAUCCAAAAAAGAGAUGUCUGCCCUGCCUUC